GCUAAAUUCUUGAGCCGCCCUGAGCAUUGAAAGGGAGAAUAACAGGAACAAACGCACAGUGUUAUGUACUUAGUAUUAUUGCAAAUUUGUCAGAUAUUUAACUUAGGGGUGCAUAUUCACCCGCUUUGAAACUGCAAACGGUAAAUGCAAGUUGUCGUGACCAACAGUUAAAGAAGCAUGUCAACGUUUGACAGCUAACGAAAAUAAUACCUUCCUCCUUCUAGAAGAGCGAACCAGCUAGCCAUCCGCUAGAACGUUAGCAGCUGGGUAACUAAAGGUUAGCAUCAAAACGCUUGACAUAGAAAGCUAAUUAACGUUGCACAUCUCUCCGGUGCAGAAGCCAGUGUUGGGUGUUUCUCAAAAACAAGGUUUCUGUAUUUAACAAAACGGUAAAUAGAAUUACACGACAAUGCAGCUAACCUACCAAUUCGAGAUAGCUGAAUCAAUGUUAAGCGCAUGUUCUUGGUAGUCGAAAACCUAGUUUAAUUCGAGCAAGGUAAAAUUAACCCAGUGUUAGACGUUAUUGUAAGCAAAGUCAACGACGCAAACUAUUGCUAUCUGCUUGCUAACUAGUGGUGUAUGGGUUAUCGACCUAAGCAGGCGAGUAAACCAUGAUGAGCCGCCUCUACGUUAGCCAGCAACACCUUAGCUAACGUUAGCUACAGUAUUGGCCAGCUAGGUAGCUAAUGCUGUCUUGUUACUACAAUUAAUCCGAGACUAAGUGAACUGAAGAAAAGCAUCUGGGCCCACUAAACAUGGCGUCAGAGGAGGCAUCAUUGCGUGCACUGGAGACCCUUAUGACAGAGUUCUUUCACAGCUGCACGACCAAUGAGCGAAAGAGAGAGAUAGAAGAGCUACUGAACAACUUUGCUCAGCAGACAGGAGCGUGGCGCCACUGCUUGUUCUUCCUCUCCAAUACUCGGAAUGAGUAUGUGAUGAUGUACAGCUUAACAGUAUUUGAAAACCUGGUGAACAAGAUGUGGAUUGGUGUUGCUUCGCAAGACAAGAUGGAAAUUCGUAGCUGUUUGCCCAAACUCCUGCUCGCUCAACACAAAGCAGUGCCCUAUUUCAUCCGUAAUAAACUCUGCAAAGUCAUUGUUGACAUUGGUCGCCAGGACUGGCCAAUGUUCUAUCAUGACUUCUUUACAAACACCCUGCAGUUGAUCCAGUCCCCAUCUCUUGCUCCACUGGGGUUGGUGAUGUUGAAAACCACAUCAGAGGAACUUGCAUGUCCUAGAGAAGAUCUGAGUGUCGCUAGGAAGGAUGAGCUCCGUAAGCUGUUGCUGGAGCAGGUACCAACAGUGCUUGGACUGUUGACAGGUAUCCUGGAAACUUAUUGGGACAAGCACAGUAUCAUUGCUUCCACCCCACCUCCUUCACCCACCUCAGGGGAAAGUGUGGAAUUGCUGGGCAGUUUGUUUCAGGGCAGCCAGUACUCAAAGCUGCUUUGCCAGCCCAUGGCAACAUUGGACAAUGAGAGUCAGCAGCUCUGCUGUCUUGUUUUGGAGUGUUUGGCUCACCUGUUCAGCUGGAUCCCCCUGUCCACAAGCAUCACACCUACUCUGCUGGCAUCCAUUUUCCACUUUGCACGUUUUGGCUGUGAUCUUCGGACAAAGACCAAGACGGGUUCCUUCAUCUCUUCUAACUCCUCCUCCUCUAAUGGUCAGCUUAAUCCAGGGACAAUGCCACCAACAUCAAAUGGAGGAGAACGAAAUGGACAGCAGAGUGAGGGCAGCAAGGUGGAUCGUUCCCAGCUCGGUGUACUCGCCAUGACCUGUGUCAAUGAGCUUGUGUCAAAGAACUGUGUGCCAAUGGAUUUUGAGGAAUACCUGCUGCGCAUGUUCCAGCAAACUUUCUUUCUCCUUCAAAGGCUGACACGAGAGAAUAAUGCUCAUACAGUUAAGAGCCGCCUACAGGAACUUGAUGAGAGUUACUUGGAAAAGUUCACUGAUUUUCUGCGCCUGUUUGUCAGUGUUCACUUGAGGCGGAUUGAGUCCAGUCCUCAGUUUCCAAUUGUAGAGUUUCUUGCCCUGCUUUUCAAGUAUACUUUCAACCAGCCUACCCAUGAAGGCUACUUUGCCUGUUUGGAUAUAUGGAGUGUCUUUUUGGAUUUUCUAACAACCAAAAUCAAAAGCAGACUCGCUGACAGAGAAAGUGUUCUAAAUAGGUACAAAGACGCCUUAGUUCUCCUGUUAAGGGAAGUUCUGCAUCGCAUACAGUUCAGAUAUAAUCAGGCCCAGUUGGAAGAGCUUGAUGAUGAGACUCUGGAUGAUGAUCAACAGACAGAAUGGCAAAGGUACCUGCGUCAGAGUCUGGAGGUGGUUGCCAAGGUGAUGGAGUUGCUCCCAUCCCAUUCAUUCUCUACUCUGUUUCCAGUCCUCCAAGAAAAUUUGGAUGUGUACAUGGGUUUGCAGCAGUUUAUUAUCACCACUGGCACAAGUCGGAGGCUCAAUAUUUCUGCAGAGAAUGAUUGCCGUCGACUUCACUGUUCUCUCAGGGACCUCAGCUCCCUGCUUCAGGCAGUUGGACGCUUGGCUGAGCAUUUCAUCGGGGAAAUCUUUGCUGCACGUUUCAGUGAUGCCCUGGCAGUGGUGGAGAGAUUGGUUAAAGUGACAUGCUACGGCUCUCAGACUAGCCUUUACGACCUGGAGACCGCUGUGCCUUCUGUGCUCAAGCCAGACCUCAUUGAUGUACAUGCACAGGCCCUUGCUGCUUUGCAAGCCUACUCUCAUUGGCUUGCACAGUUCUACAGUGAGGUCCACAGUCAAAACCAGAGCCAGUUUAUCAACCUCAUCACAUCUGCAAUAGAUGCCAGUAGCCCACUCAUCACAGCUAAGGUACCAGAAAAGUUGCUGCUCUCAGCAUGCCAUCUGAUGGUUUCGAUAACCUCCACAGUACGACCUGUGUUCUUGGUCACUUUGCCAGCUGUUCAAAACAUCUUCAACCUCAUUACUACAGAGAAUCAGAGCCACAGACUUCCCCAAGAGGCUCACAUGUUGGUGUGUAGGGCUCUGUCUAACAUGCUGCUGCUCCCAUGGCCGAAUUUACCAGAGAAUGAACAGCAGUGGCAAACGCGUUCCAGCAACCAUGCCAGCCUACUGGCAGCACUUACUCGAGAGUAUCGUAUUUUAAGAGGGACGGUGAACAUUCCUCCACGGCAACCUGAUCUGAAUAACAUGAAAGCAGUGAUACAGCAGACCCUGCCUGUGCUCAGAGACAUAGUGGACAGCAUAUCUGGGGAAUCCACCAAAUCACGUCAGAUCUGUUACCAGAGUCUUCAGGAGUCUGUCCAAGUGUCCCUCAGCCUUUUCCCAGUGUUUAUUCAGCAGCCAGAUGUGACAGAUGAGAUGUUGGCCUUCUUCCUGACGCUUUUUCAGGCAUUGCGAGUACAGAUGGGUGUUGCCUUCACAGGACAGAUCAUCCACACUUUCCUCAGCAUGUUCACCAGGGAACAGCUGGCAGCCAGUAUUUUGCAAGAGGGCAGUGCAGGGUGUAGAGUGGUGCAGAAGUUCUUGAAAAUCCUGCAGGUGGUGGUGCAAGAGCCGGGUCAAGCUUUCAAGCCCUUCCUGCCGAGCAUCCUUUCUCUGUGCAUGGAGCAGGUUUACCCAGUUGUGGCAGAGCGGUCUUCCCCAGAUGUGAAGGCAGAGAUGUUUGAGUUGUUAUACCAAAUACUUCACCAAAACUGGAGGUACUUUUUUAAAGCUUCAGUCUUAACAAAAGUCCAAAGAGGAGCUGCUGAAGAGGCCAUGGAAAAUGAGGCACAGUUCACAGCUGCCAUGCAGGUUUUCGGGCAGUCUUUCCUGCAGCCUGACAUUCACAUCUUCAAGCAGAAUCUCUCCUAUUUGGAGUCUCUUAACAGCAAGCACAAGUUGUAUCACAGAAAACUUUUCCGGACUUCGAUGCUCUUCCACUUCAUCAACGUGCUCCUGCAGGUCCUCCUCCACAAAAGUCACGACCUCCUUCAGGAGGAAAUCACCGUUGCUAUUUACAACAUGGCCUCUGUGGACUUCGAUGCCUUCUACUCUGCCUUCAUGCCAGAGUUCCUCAAUGGCUGCCAGGGUGUGGACACCAGCCAGCGAGCUGUUCUCGCACGCAACUUUAAACUUGAACGGGACUUGCCUUCGUUCACUCAAAGUGUGCAGCGGCUGGUGAAUGAUCUUCGCUACUACAGACUUUGUAAUAGUAGCCUGCCCACUGGCACCAUCAAGCUAUAGCACAAUGACUGCUUGAACCACUCCACACAUUGACUAUGAUCAAGGACUGCCUGUGCUGACCACUUUGCCCAACACUCCUCCAAUUCAGCUUUGGUCCAUCUAUUCAAAGUAAUAGAAAGGAACAACACACCUUGUUUGGUUGAGUAAUAGGAGGUUCAGGAUGCUGCUGAUUUGUCUUUGAUUUCUACUGUAGAAGGUUGGCGCAUAAUUAUUUUUUUUAAAAAGCAGCGCCCUCCUUAUGUGUUGCCAAUGAUAAUUUGGCAAGAAAUGUAAACCUGGUCUGCAGUUGGCUUUUGCCCAGACCUGGAGCUGUCUGAGCCAGGCCUUCUUUCCCAAGCCUCCACAAGAAAGCUGGGCUGGGACUGAGCACUUUCAACUCAUUUUGAGUUUUUAAAAUGAUUGCUUUUAUUCAUUUUGCCUUUGAUUUUUCUUCAUCUCCAAAGGAGACGGACUGUCAACUUAAGAUCUUUCAUAUCAUUCCAUUCUGAAAAAGAGAAAACCUGCUUGAUAAAUAAAGUGCUUUUUUAGUAAAACUCAGGUACUUGUUAUUUCAUGAACUUAUUUAAUCUUGUAGUUUUAUUUCAGUAUUUGUGAGAAUAAUGGUUAUAUUGAGUUUAAUUAAGAGAUUCUUACUUGUGCCAGUGGAGACUUUUCUUUAUGUUUACACUGUUUUGCUUUACACUUGUCGUAGGCCUCGUUUUAAAAUUGCUUUUAACUUUGAUUCAUCUACUUCAACUGCUGAAUAUGCAUUUUUAGAACACAUGCACAAAUAAUGAAAUAGUUGGUCUGGGUCUUGACAGAGACGGUGUGUACAGCAGAGCAGAUUGUAAUGUGAAUUGCUAAAAGCCUUUGACAGACAGGUAUGAUGGCAUGUAACACAUCACAUGUGACAAAUGUUGUGUGAGAACACAGCAUGCGGAAGAUAGGAAGCAUAAACACAGGGAGAAUAAACAACGUCACAAACUUGACACGAAAUGUCGCAUCAUCAUUUCUGUCGGUUGAACGUGGAGCGAGAGCUGCAGCUUCAGUGUUGGUGUGCGUUGCUGUGAAUCUAUUCUGCAUUUUAGAUGAUCGAAUUGAAUUGUUGCCUUAAUACUGAAGCCAAAUGUUUGUUUAGUUCUGUUAACUUUUACUGCAUGUUAAACUCUGUGAUUGCAGGGUAUUGGGCAAUAGGGUGACAGACUGGACUUUUAUGUAUUUCAGCACAACCUACAGGUUGAUGAGGGGAGCAGAACGAAUGGACUUGAAUAGUAGACUCCCUCAGUGUGAUUGGAGCUUGUUUUGCCUCAAAAUCUCAUCAUGAUGCUAAAUUAGUUGUGUCUUUAAUGUAACAAUAUGGGGGUUACCAUUGUAAGAUGUUCGGACUCCAUUUAAUACCAAUUAAACUGACUUUAAAUGCA